AUGACGACAGAACUCAAAACCCAAGCCACCGGCCCGGAGCCACAGCUGCCAACUUCCAUCCCAUUUUGGCGUAUGGUCACUCAACCCGGUGUCAUCACUCAGGAAGUCUUCGACCACCCGUACGCUGGCUCAGGUACUGAGGAUGACCCUUACACCGUGCAAUGGAUGCCCCAGGAUUUCCGCAACCCAACCCAGCUGAGCAAGCCGAUGAAAUGGGGUAUCACCAUGACUGCCGCCAUGGAGACCCUGGUUGUCGCUCUGGUCUCAUCCGCAUACACUGGCGGCAUCGUUCAGAUCCGACAGGAAUUUCACAUCGAGACAGAAGUCGCCACGCUAGGUGUCUCCCUCUACGUCCUGGGUUUUGCCUUGGGUCCCUUGAUCUGGGCUCCCAUGAGUGAAUUGUAUGGUCGUCAGCUCGUCUUCAUUACGACUUACUGUGGAUUGACUGUUUUCUGUGCCGCCACUGUUGGAGCAAAGAACAGUGCUUCAUUGUUGAUCUUCCGAUUUCUGGCCGGUGCCUUCGGCUCUUCCCCUUUCACCAAUUCCGGCGGCGUCAUUGCAGACAUGUUCCUCGCUCAGGAAAGAGGUCUCGCCUUGUCGGCCUUCGCAUUGGCACCGUUCUUGGGACCUGUCAUUGGACCGAUUGUGGGAGGUUUCUUGGGCAUGAAGGCCGGCUGGAAGUGGGUGAUGGGUCUGUUGAGCAUCCUGUGUGCUGUGAUGUGGAUCUGCGGUGCGGCCCUGAAGCCCGAGACUUAUGCCCCCGUGCUGCUUCGCCGCCGUGCCGAGACCCUCUCCAAGAUGACCGGUAAGGUGUAUGUGAGCAAACUCGAUCUUGAUCAAGGUCGUCCCGUACCCAAGGAAGCCCUGAAGACUGCUAUGUCUCGUCCAUUCAUCCUCCUCUUUAGCGAGCCUAUUGUGCUGCUGCUUUCGAUCUACCUUGCUAUCAUUUACGGUACUCUCUAUAUGCUGUUCGGUGCAUUCCCUAUCGUCUACCAAAUUCACCGUGGAUGGAACCAGGGUGUGUCCGCCUUGGCUUUCUUGGGCGUCAUGGUUGGUAUGUUAGCCGCGAUUGCCUACUCGAUUCCCGAAAACACUCGGUAUUCCAAGCUGCUCGCAAAGAACGGCGGCUAUUCUCCUCCCGAGAGCCGCUUGCCUCCCUGUAUGAUUGCCUCGGUGGCCCUUCCUAUCGGACUGUUCUGGUUUGCGUGGACCAACUCUCCCGAUGUGCACUGGCUCGCCAGUAUCGCCGCCGGAGUGCCUUUCGGAUUCGGCAUGGUUCUCGUGUUCCUGAGCGUGUUCAAUUACCUCAUUGAUGCCUAUACCAUCUUCGCGGCCUCGGUCCUGGCUGCCAACUCCUUGCUCCGAUCCCUCUUUGGCUUUGCUUUCCCUCUCUUCACUAGCUACAUGUUUCAGAACCUGGGCAUCCACUGGGCGGCGAGCAUUCCGGCCUUCCUGGCCUUGAUCUGCGUGCCGUUCCCCUUUAUCCUGUACAAGAAAGGUCUGGCCAUUCGCAAGCACUGCAAGUAUUCUGCUCAGUCCGAGGCCUUUGUCCAGAACCUUCUCAAGGGAAUGGCCACCACGACCGAGAAUGCUUCUCCAGAGAACGAUUCUGGGGACAACUCCAUUAUGGACGAGGCCGUCACCCGUGUUCCUUCCGCCGUGAAAGAUGACCCCACGGUGACCUCGCAGGUCUUGGACAAGGAGAUCGACACUGGAAGAUACUCCCUGGAACGCCCGCUGUCUCGUGUCGAGACACACUUGUCUCAGGUUCAGAGGGUCCCAACCUACGAGGGUAACCCAUAUAACGUUGACCGUGUCCACACUCGUGAAUCGUUCAGGUGA